ACACACCCAACCCGCCAUACACUUCCUGCAUCCUCCUGAUACCCAACGUUGCUGGUUUACUGUACAGGGCUAACAGAUAUCUGGGACAUGACGACAAGGCCGGUGGUCGUGAUUGAUAAAAUACUGGAUGAAAACGACGUCGCUGAAGUAGUUAGAGAGAUACUUCAUGUUCAAAACCAAUCAAUAACUUUAGGACGUGUUCUGAAACUUCGUAAAGUC